AGUAGGUCACACCGUCGACCAGAGUGGCAGUCCGCGUUUUGGCGAACGGCACACGGUUGUCCCCACAGAAGGCAGCCCCCGAACCUCUUGUUGUCUUCGACCGGCUCUCAUACCCCUUUUCUCAUACCCUCAGAUGCGCGAUUAUUCUCUUACGUGCGACAAAGCCCGGGCGGCCCUCUUGCCCGGCCGCUUACUCUUUCAAAACGGCCGCCCUCAAACUCGCGAUCCUACCUCGAGAACGAUUGAGAUUGACGAUCGAGAUUGACGCCUUUUCUCAAGAGAGGAUCGAAUGAUCCUCGAGUGGCUGGAGUGGAUCUUAUCAGUCCGAGACACUUGCCUGAGCCUCCAACGACACCGUUCGGAGAGAGAGAUCGUAGAUCGAUCCGGGGGGAUACGGGCAAGAUUUACAUCUCCUUCAUAUUUUCGUUCUUUACCGUACCGAGGGUAGUCAGACAACGGGUAACCGAGUCCCCUCUUUCGAUUAAAGAUACGCGCGCGAUAGCUGAUAAGGCCGAUGUCCCACGAUACACAGAAGCAACGAAGAAAAAUUAAGUGGUGAAAGAAGGGAAAAAACGAGGACUAAAAGGGGGAAAGAAAGAGCGAUAGAGAAUUCAAUUUGCCUUCUCGCGGUGCAUUGUGCGUCCCAAGUUCCGUCAAGUUUCUCCGAUUUCCCUCGUGCGUAUGUGUGGCGAGAAGUUACCGCUGUACCUGAAGAGAGAGAGGAACUUCCGCGAGUGCGGUCGGGCGUGAUGAAACUUGCCGCGUCCCGCAUUUCGAGGGCUCAUCGAGGGGCACAUAAUGCUCGUAUAAUGUGAUACAAGUUCCGUCGUUGCCUGCCGCGGACGAUCCGAUUGUUAUCGUUGUUGUUGUUAUUGUUGUUCCUGUUGUCGCGUCGCGUUCGCGUUCGCGCUGCGUUAUCUCGCGUUGGUUGUCGGACGCGCGCACGUAUAUCUCCCGCGUGUCUCGUAUCUCGAUCUUCCGAGUGCCGUGCGCUCAAGCUCGCGCACUUCCGGUACACCGUACGGGACGGUUCGAUACACGUGCCGACGUACACAGACGUUAUACAUAUGUGUGCUUUUUUUUCUGCACGCGUAUAUUUUUGCACGCAAGCUAUGCUCUGGCGUCACUUGCGUAAUCUGGGACAUUAAAGAGCGCCACGAUUAUUAUAUGAUAAUUUUAACGACCGCCAUUCAAUGAGACGUAACGAGCGAGCCAGCCAGCCACUUGGAAAUUGGGUUAAAUAGAAUAACUGAACUCUCUCUCUUCUUCCAAACCAUCGAGUCGAACUUCCGACCUGUACGACAUAGCGCGCUUGUCGAUGAUGUUUCCUCUGGAAAGCUCUUUCUCUUAUCUCGUUUAAUAUAAACACUCCAACGACCGGCGGAGCGCGACUAAUAAAAACGAGAGGACCGCGAAAGGGUAGGUCGAGUAAAAGAAGGAGGAAAAAGGGGAGAGAAUAGAGAAGUGAGCGCCCGGUCGGGAACGAAAAAGAUAACAGUGUGAGCGGUGAUAGAUGUAACAGAAAAAGAAUCGAACAAGAGGCUGCCGAUCGAAAAACGAUAAAUCGAGAUUAUUUGUUCGCGAAGGCAGUCCCACUCGAUAACGACGCACGUCGGGAUCGAUAGCGCGUGGCCGUCGAAGGCAGGAGAGGUGAAUUACCUGCGUCAACGAGAACAUCGAAUCGAUUCAUCGAAGCGACCCAAGUUCGCAUAACUGCACCUUCCGUCGUUGCACCGUAAAGUUUCUUCUUCCUUGUCGCGAGAUACGAGGCGGAGAAAGAAAGUUUGUACUUCGAGCGCGAGAGGAGUCUGAACAAAAGAGAGGGGACGGUGAGGGGACCGAAACAUGAAACGAGAUGUAUCGACGAGCUGCCAGCGAAUCGGCAACGGGGACGUAGAGUGCGUCGCCAUCGGGAGAUAAAGCGAGCGCGAGGGUAAGAGCAACCGUUUCCGGCGUGGGAGACUCCCGGAAAAUCGACGGGCAAGUCGAUUGAAUUCGUGGAAAACGCUCCGCGCCUCGAAUAUCCUAAAUCCUCUUAGGUGACGAAGGACGAGGUAACGCGAAAAUGGAAGUCGCGGCGUCGGCUAUGUUGGACGGCCUGAAAAACAAUCGUAUCGGCAAACUGGCGCUGUCGCGGUUCUUGUCGCAGAGUCUAGCGCAAUUAGAGACGACCGGUAGUCCUUCUAGCAAAUCUCCAGCAGGUGGUAGCGGCGGUCCCGCGAGCGGUGCGGCAGGAGCAACAGCGGCACCAGGAAGCGGCGCCAGCAAUGCCGGAAGCGCGGAACCCCGUACACCAACCACUGGGCCGCAGAACAAGCAGCUGCAGAAUGUCAAAGGAGAACACCCCUCGAAAGCGUUUCUACAGAGCAGGUCCAUCUCCUUGGUCGACAUGUACAUCGAUAAUUCGGAACCGAGCGAGAAUGUUGGCCAGAUCCACUUCAGUCUCGAGUACGACUUCCAGAACAGCACGCUCAUUCUGCGCAUCAUACAGGGUAAAGACCUGCCGGCGAAGGACUUGUCAGGCACUUCCGAUCCGUACGUACGUGUGACGCUGCUCCCGGACAAGAAACACCGACUCGAGACAAAAAUCAAAAGGCGCACGUUGAAUCCGAGAUGGAACGAGACGUUCUAUUUCGAAGGUUUCCCUAUACAGAAGCUGCAGAGUAGGGUACUACAUCUACACGUCUUCGACUACGAUCGAUUCUCGAGGGACGACUCCAUAGGGGAAAUGUUUCUGCCGCUUUGCCAGGUCGAUCUAUCCGAGAAACCAUCGUUUUGGAAAGCUCUUAAGCCGCCGGCUAAAGAUAAAUGCGGAGAACUCUUGUGCUCGCUGUGCUAUCAUCCGAGUAAUUCCAUAUUGACGUUGACUCUCUUGAAGGCGAGGAAUCUCAAAGCUAAGGAUAUCAACGGAAAAUCAGAUCCGUACGUCAAAGUGUGGCUACAGUUUGGCGACAAAAGGAUCGAGAAACGCAAGACUCCUAUUUUCAAAUGCACCUUGAACCCAGUAUUUAACGAGGUAUUCUCCUUUAAUGUACCUUGGGAGAAGAUCAGGGAAUGCUCUUUGGAUGUAAUGGUGAUGGAUUUCGACAACAUUGGACGAAACGAAUUGAUCGGUCGGAUUCAGCUCGCAGGAAAAAAUGGAAGUGGCGCGAGCGAAACGAAACAUUGGCAGGACAUGAUCACAAAGCCGAGGCAGACCAUUGUGCAGUGGCAUCGCUUGAAGCCCGAGUAAAGAACACCCUCACCUUGAUCGACGACAAAUGAUAUUCUAUCGGGCGGAUUUUCCCCCUCGGGACGCGUCGCCCGUCAAAGUUAUGUUAACGAGACAACUCUUUUUUUUUCUCCUCGUUUGCUCGAUAUCCUCCACCCGCAACCGAUCUCGACGAGAGUACCGUACCCUUCGACGACUGUACAAUAUCCCCUCCGCAUCGCGCGGGGCACUCUUAGCGACGCUGGUCGUCGGGGAGCAGUGCCGAUUACGUGUUAAUUGCGAAUAGGAAUUCGAGGCAUUCUCGUUAUCGCCCGUUGUUGAGCUAUCGUCGCGCGCUAACGAGCAACGAUCAGGACGAAUCAUCGUUAUCGUUGGUAUAACGACAAACCUUUAAUUUGUCAAGCGUUUUUGAGCGUGCGAUCAAGCGUUAUAAACGCGUCGUUUAACACGACCGGGCGUUAGAUAAGAGCGAUGAGAUGCACUGAUAUCUUGCAGAAAUUAAUAGUCGACGGCGGCCAAUCCGCGUCCGCAAGAGGAGCAAACGGCUACGGAGGAGACUCAGUCUUCCGUCGUAGCGAAAUCGGGCAGCCUCUCCGCCGGACACACACACACACACACACUCUGAUGCCGAUCCUCUUAUUUUCACCCUCCUCUUCUCCCUCCCUCCCUCCUCUUCUCCUUGUCUGUGUCCGCCUCGUUCGUCGCCCGGUGCGGCGUUUAACGACACGGGAUCUACGAAAUUAGGUAUAUUGCAGGUAAAAUCGCGCGGUUGUUCGCUCCAAGACGAGCGAUCCGAGCGUACGCUCGCCAAUUUCACGCGAACAUCUAAUGGACAUUUAACUUGUUCAGUCGCGUUUAAACGUCCCAUAGACGUUUCGCGAGACUUUUGUAUCGAUUGAAUCUAUACACGCUUGAGAUCACGUAGGAACUGAGGAUGUUAAAAUCAAAGGGGCAAGUAGAUAGACGAGAUACGCGUCGCGUUCUUUUACAAACUAAGAGUGAUAUUUUUAUGAAUAAACAUUCGCGUUAUUACGGCAGCUUUAUCAGUUUUGCGGUGUGACAGCUCUAGUUGAAACUCGUAAAUCGAGGAUUUGGCUACAACACAAAAUUUUGCUAGUGAUUGACUAAAAAAUGAUAAAACGAUAUAAUCGACAUGUUACGCUCUCUUUUACUUGCUCCUUGGACUGUCUAACUGGAGAGAAUUAUCUCAUAUCAUGAGGAUGGAACCUGAAUUACAAAAUCGACAAAUUUUCUAGAACAAUGAAUACCACACUUCAGCGUGAUGACGAUGUUACAAAUUUGCAUUCAAGACGUUUAUAUUUCUAUUAAACGUUAUUAUGUAUUAAGAUAUAUUGCGUGACCAGGAUCUACCGCGAGAUUUAUCGUUAUGACCGAAUCUUCGUUAUAAAAGUCAAAAAUUUCAUACAAAUAUGCUAUAACAAACGACAAACGAAUCUGCAUUUUCUUUAUUUAAAUAUAAUUUGCUUGCACUUUCGCAUCUGCAUCCUGUUGCACCUAUGAAAAAAUUCUCGGAAGUUUGCUCCUUUUCUGGAACAUCUCUCCAACGAAAUUUCCUGAUGGUUUAUUUACAUUUUUAGAUACAACGGUUUAGAAAACAUUACACGGUUCAUAAAUAAAUUAAGAAGAUUUUAAAUCGUUUUCUAAAUCUGGUUGUUUUAGAGAUGGACAAGUGGUUUUUAAAACGACUUCAAUUUGACAAUAUAAAUUUUAUAAAAUUUUGAAACAUUGAAAUGGCCACUCAUACUGAUUUGUAUAAAUGUAAAAAAUUGCGCAAAUUUUACAGCCUUUUCUGCGCUAUCUAAAUUCUGAAUAUUUUAGCUUUGAUAUUUCCGAUUGUAGCUUUUAAAGAAUCUGAAUGCCAUGGAAUUCUAAAUGCGCAUCUUCGUCUGUUGCAGAAAAAUUAUAUUUAAUUUUUCAACGAAAACAUUAGCUUAAUCAUUCAGACGGUUUAGAAGGCUACACAUGUGUAGAUGUAAUAUUUUUAUAUUUUUUCCACGACUUAAAAGCAUUAAACAAAUUUUCUAUCAUUUCUAAAUAAUUUCAAGAAUCGUUGUUUAUUGAAUGAACAUACAUUCGCUGUGAUUGUACCUAAAAAGAUGGCAGCGAUAAAGUAGCCUUCGCAAUUGCAUCGAGACCUAUAUCCAAUGUGGCUUUUAGAAUUACUUUGCUAACAGAGUUUUGAAACUAAACGCACCCCCCUAUUGGAACAACCUUGCUUACAGGCUGUAGUUGUGUAUAGCCGAUCACUUUUAGGGACAAUUCGAUUUUAGUGGAUUUUAGAAGUUAACUUUGGUUGCAGAUUACUUUGGCUUUUGCGAUUUUUUUGCUAUUUUUUACGGAGGUACGUAUGACUAUUAAGUUGCUACGAAUACAUGCAAUUGUUAAAAUAACGCUAAAUCCGCAGAGAACACGGAUGCUGGCAAAAAAAAUACAGGAUACUACAGUAGCUUCCAACGUUGAUGUUUGUGAUGUAGGAUGCUUCGAUACUGCGAAGAAACGGGCGAAAUAAUAAAAAAUAACUCUGUUACUAUCAAAGCGCGCCCCUCCCAACAGAGGCGAAACAUUUCGAGAUAGUUCGUAGGAGACAAGCGAUAUCUUCGUAGGGAUGGGCAUUAACUAGUGACUAAUCAGUUCUAACGAUUUGUCGGACAACCAAUCAUUUUUUAAUCAUGAAGUGAUCUUUAAAACACGUAAAAAUUUAACAGGCAUUCCAAAAAGAUCUUUAAAAGAAAUACUCGAAAAAUAUGAAUAUAUAUAAGAUAAAUGAAUAAAACGACAAUUAAACGUUUACAAUUUUUGUGUAAACACUUUGUAUUAACGAAUUUUAGGAUUUUACUCAGCUGGAACAGUAUAGUUGAGCAGCAACUGAACAUGUUUGGUAUGUACAUACCAUUAGAUUCAACGAAUUAACUUCGAUCGCUUCUGAGUUGCUGUUCAAUUAUUGACUUUGUGGUAAUUUAUUCAGUAUAUAAAAUUUGAAGAAUUAUUCCAGUAAAAUCCUAUAACGUGUAGCAUGGACUAAUUAAGAAAAAUAAUUAAUCUGUCAGCAACUGAUUGGAAAAAGGUGAAAAAUUAGUUUGACGAUAUGAUCGAUCGGUUUCGCCCGUCCCUACCCUCUCAUUGUUAGUUACGCUUUUUAUUAGCGUUACUCGCGAUUAUCCGGGUAACUUUACAUGAAUUUCCCGUUCGCGCGACUCCUGAUUAUUACUAAAAAGCCCGGUAAGGGAGAGAUAUUUUUGACGGUACUUUUGUAUUGAUAAAGUCAGGGCGAUUCCUUGGAAGUAUUCACGCGCCGAAGUGCGAUCGGUGUACCUCACACAUCGGGGGAGAGUGAAAGAAAAAAAUAAUGUUACGUUAUACCUGAUAGUCUGCUGUUGUUAACAAUAAUAUAGAAACACGAGUCAAAUUCACGCGCGAAUUUGCUCGGCACACUCGCAGAGUGUGCGCCGUUAAUGUAAAAAAAAAAGAAGAAAAAGAAAAAAUACAAAAGGACGAACGAUCCAUGUUGUGUUUAAACCAAGCGUCUAGCGUUGAGCGUCGCUCGCGUCCGAGAAGUUCGUCGGCGGAAAGAUGUACGUCGUUAGCGCGGAGGAGAGUCAGCCGAACGAAAUUGCCGGCUCGCCGGAAUAAGAGCGCCGAGUGGUCGAUAUAAUAGCGAGGAUUUAACUAGCUUCCUUUAAAAAAGAAUGAACGAGGGAAAACUCAAUCUAUCCCAAUCUGUUCCUCUUAAUUACACUCGCCCUUUUUAGUUCUUUACUUUCCACGAGUUCCACGGUCGCGACGACGACGCCUACGCCUGGCUAACGCUAGGUCAUAUAAACUCGUGCACAUUGUACAUACAUAUAUAUCGCAAUCGACGUAGCGCGACGAAGACUCUCCUUCAAAGUAGUUUCCUGAACGCGAGCGACGCUUUAGUGACAUUCCUUCGCGUAUGAACGAUCGCCGGGAUACCAUGGAUAUCAGGAUAUCGCGAGAUUGCGGUCGACAGCCGACAGCACGUUUCUUUCUUAUAUGUACAUUUGGCGUGAUGAGAUAGAGAGAAAGUGAGAGAGAGGGAGAGAGAGAGAGAGAGAGA